AAGCUUAUGUCUGAAUUAUUCUCUCUUGACGAACCUAAUUUCUUUAAAAAUAAAAAAUAAAAAAGCAAAGAAAAAGUUUACACCAAAAAGAUGGAAAAGAAGCAGCUCUGAACUUUCAGAGAACACCACUUGUGUAGCUUAUUCUCCACGUGAAUACACACUUCUUGAUCAGAAGUUUCAAAUUCACAUUUGAAAAUUAAACACGGCAAUCUCUCUGUUGUGUUUCAGCAGCUUCCCCGUUUCUCACUUGAUCAUCGUCGUCAUCCUCUUCAUCAACACCUUAAUUACCCUCUAAUCUUCCUCUUCUCUUAGAUAUCAUCAAGAACCCAAUUAGCAGCAAAUACUUUUCCAAAACAAUAACCAUGAAGAAACUCCUUCUCCCUCCUCUGCUUCUUUACUUCCUUCCCCUGUUUCUGCAAAUUGCCACCCUACUCUCUGCACCUAUCUACACUCCGGUCGAAGACAUCACCAUCAACUGUGGCUCUUCCGGAACCUCAUUGAACGUGGAUGACAACCGGACUUGGACUGGAGAUAUCAACUCCAAAUUCUCCCCUUUUGAAUUACACCAAGCUAGCACCAACACCUCAUCCCAAGUCAGCGAAGCACCUCCCUCCUCCUCUGUUAGCCCAGUGCCUUACACCACGGCUAGGCUCUCUCGCUCCGAAUUUUCUUACAAAGUUCCCCUCACCACCGGGCAGAAGUUUAUUCGUUUAUACUUCCACCCAGUUUCAUAUGACCCCGGCUUCGACCGAUCCAAAGCCCUCUUCUCUGUCCAAGCCGGUGGCUUUACCCUUCUCCAUGAUUUCAAUGCUUCUGUAACUGCUGAUGCUGGUAAGACCGAGAAGCUAAUAAGAGAGUUCUGUUUGAACAUUGAUGAAGGACAGAGCUUGACCAUCACGUUCACUCCGAACAGAGCAAUUUCAGAUGCUUAUGCCUUUAUCAAUGGGAUUGAGAUUGUGUCCAUGCCCACCAAUCUUUACUACACUGCAUCUGAAAGCCAUGGAGUUGAUUAUGUAGGCAACGACGUCAAAUAUAGUAUCAAAAACAGCACAGCGAUGGAGAUGGUGUACCGAAUAAACAUUGGUGGAAGCGGAAUCUUAUUCAAUCAAGACACUGGUAUGUACCGAAAUUGGGACAGUCUACGAGAGGAGGAAAAGUACUUGAGUUCUAAAUGGAGCGUUCUUCCACAAAACGUUAGCAUUGAACUCAACUUUGUGAAAAUACCAAACUACUCUGCUCCACAAGCAGUUUACCAAACGGGCCGGUCCAUGGGCAAUAACCACACCAGAAACAAGAGCUACAACAUGACCUGGGAAUUUCCCGUAGAUCCCAAGUUUCUUUACCUGCUAAGGCUACAUUUCUGUGAGUUUGAGCCUGAAAUUAUGGACAAGGGGGACCGAUCGUUUCUAAUCUAUGUGGAAAACCAACUUGCUGAGCCACAAGCCGACAUAAUCGUGUGGAGUGGUGGAAAUGGGAGACCAGUCUACAGGGAUUACGUCGUGUUCAUCUUCCAGCAGUAUCAAUGUGAUGACCAUCGUCAUCACAAUGGGUGCAAUGGGGUCGAUUUCUUGAAGAUCCUGCGCGGCGGUCAUCACGGUUGGAGGUUUGGGAACGAUUUUGGUCUGACCUGUCAAUGCGAUGAUCUUCGCGAUUGGUGGAUCAAUUCUGAUUAG